AUGUCUACGCUGAGAACCUGUUUUCGAUCAAUCGGCCGCGCCAGGUUUGACAGACAACUUUUGGCUGAAAAGCGCACAAUUUAUAGCUUCAGCAGACUACAUGCAAACGACAACCAGCAUAAGCCAUUGUCCCAUCUGAAAGAUCUUGGCGAAGCUGAAAAGAGGUUAGAAAAGAAUGCAGAGUUCCAAAACUUGUCUGAAGUUUUUAAGGAUUCAAACCAUCAACAUAUACACAUGCAGGAAUCAGAAACGAUGGAAAACGAUUCGUACCAAUUGGGAUCGGCUCUGAGUCGAGAAAAAUCCCAAAAUACUUUUCGUUUGGAUCGAAAAUCUCCGAAUCUGCAAAGCAAUCCACUGCUGGCUCUCAGCAAGACCCAAAUCCAGAAUAACCCGGGCGUCAGAAUAACUUGGAUCGGUCUGCUGAUCAAUGUCGGAAUAGCAGGAGGUAAGUUCGCAGGUGGUAUUGCUUUCCACUCUCAAGCUCUGACUGCGGAUGCCGUGCAUGCAUUGUCAGAUCUGGUGUCUGACUUUUUGACAUUGUUUUCCAUCGGCUUAUCUUCCAAAAGCCCUUCAAAAGAAUACCCUAUGGGACAUGGUAAGAUACAGACGCUAGGAUCUUUGUCAGUCUCUGCAAUUCUUGCCGUGGCAGGUUUAUCCAUUGGUUGGGGAUCUUUAUGUGCAAUUGCAGCACCUUUCCUUCCGGACACGAUAAUGCAUUAUUUGUCGUCGCAUUCGCACUCGCAUAGUCAUGGCGUGGCAGGCGAUGUUGCCGACAUAAACGCCGCGUGGAUAGCAGCAGGUUCGAUUGCGGUGAAAGAGUGGAUUUUCAAUGCUACGAAGAAAGUUGCAAAAGAAACGAACUCGAACGUGCUUUUGGCAAAUGCGUGGCACCAUAGGGUCGAUUCUUUGACGUCCUUGGUGGCCCUGGUAACGAUUUCUUCAGGAUAUUUCUUCAAUAUCCAGUCAUUGGACGCUCUAGGUGGACUGCUGGUGUCAGGGCUCGUAGUGAAAGCUGGCACAGACGGAUUGGCAAUUGCUAUGGCCGAGCUGAUGGACAAGUCUUUGUCCAAGACGGAUGUGCGAUACAAAGGAGUCGAGAAGAAUCUAUAUGAGAUCUUGAACACCAUGGUGUCUAACAACAAUGCUGGCAAACCUUAUAAAGUGAAAGAUCUGACUGUUUUGGCAUCUGGACCAAAUGUCCAUGCCAAACUGAUUCUUGAGGUUCCCACGCAGAGAUGGGAAAAUAUACUUAGUGUCAAAGAGCUCGAAAACGUCGCAGAUCAUGUUCGCAGUGCGUUGAGCGCUAAUGUGCCUAGUUUUCUAAAUGCGGAUAUAGACUUUGUGGAGGAAAGACCGCCAUUGAGUCCCGAGCAGAUACAAGAACUACAAAGACAAGCGCAAAUGGGCAAGCCACCCUUGCCACACACUAAAGCGAGUGAAGAUCCCACGCUUUUAGCAGGCUCUCACACACAUUCACAUUUCGGAAAGCUGGGAGAGGGACACACCCACAAACAUUGA